UUGUCUCCCUUGUAAGUCCGGUAAAAAUUGACUCGUACUUUCUUUGUAAACAACAAUGUAGGUACUAGUGUUGUGUAGAUACGAUCUAACAGAGAAAGAGAAGCGGAACAGCGAAUAUUGAAAAUUCUCUGAAAAUAGUCAUGGCGCUAAAGCUCAUCACAAAGCAACUACAAGAGUUGUACCGGGACAUUCCUGACGAGUUCGGUUUGUCGGCUGGUCCGCUUGAGGAUGACCUGUUACACUGGCAGGCUUCCUUACCAGGCCCGGACAAUAGCCCGUAUUCCGAGGGGAUGUUUCCUUUACAAAUCACAUUUACAACAGAUUAUCCUUUCAGGCCACCGAAGAUUAAGUUUGGCAUCCGAAUAUUUCAUCCGAACGUGGAGAAAGAUGGAAAGAUUUGUAUGGACUUCUUACAGUCGGAAUGGAAACCUUCGUUUUCUAUUGGUUACAUUCUAAUGGCUAUAUCGUCCCUGAUGCACACCCCUAACAUUGACAAUCCCGCGGACCAGGACAUCGCCAACAUGUACCUACAAAACCAAGAGGAGUUUGUGAAACUAGCCACAGAGUGGACACGAACAUACGCUCUCCCAAAGACUACAGGUACUAAGGACUGCAGUCAAACCACUCUUUAAAGUCCGCUCAAGGAGAGACAGAAAAAACGCCCAUUAUAGACAAGUUGCCUUGAUUUAUUGCAUAUCAAUUGUGAACUCUUUGCACGAUUUUGGUUUUUCGUCAAAUUAUAACAUAAAUAGUUCUGUUUCCAUAUGUCCGUUUCUUGCGGGAAUAAGGCUUAGUUUUGAUUUUAUUUAUAUUAAACAGACUGUGUAGUUAGGGAGUAACAUCAGACAACUGUACCUAUUGUUUAGGCGAGUUUGUCGCCUUUAUAUGGUCCCUAUGAGGAUCAUUUUAACUUACUGCUCAAUCGCUCGUUUUUAGCUCACCUGGACCAAGGUGAGCUUAUGCCAUACCGUUGCGUCUGUCGUCCAUCGUCCGUCCGUCCGUCAACAAUUGACAUCUUCUUCAUAA